AUUUUCAACAAAACAAUCAAACAAGCAAAUCAGUUGUGCAAACAGAUUGCUGAAAUUGUAACGAAUGAAAUAUUAGAUUUAGAAUUGUAUAAACUUGUCCAUCGUGAACUAACCUUAGAGUUCAUUUACAAGGAAUUCAUUGCCAAUUAAUUGAUGAACAGUUGCAUCGUUUGGCAACGUCUUCUUUAACCAAAUCAAUGGCUAUGUCAUUAUAUGACUAUUCGUUAAUUAAGCGUUGUUUUAAUCGCUUCCACUAUGUUAUAUGGAAACGUGAAGAGGUUAUACAACAUCAGAUUCUAUUGAAUACAAUGCCAACACCUGUCGGUGCUGAUUGUCUACCAUUACGUUUGAUGACUGUAAACAAUCAGAUUAAGAGUAAUAUGGAACAGUUUAAAUUGUCUUGUAACUUAUCAUCAGGUAUAGAUAAACAUUCCUCACAUGUUGAAAACAAAUCUCCACUAUUGGUUAAUUCAAUGACAUCAAGGUUUCUGCCAGAAAUUUCUAAAGUUAGUUCUGUUUCAUAGUAAAUUCUCAUUUCAUAUCUUUGUAAGUUUUUAACUGAGAGAGUCAAUAGAUGGAAUGAUCAGAAAAAAUAAUGUUUAACCUUGAAUAUAGAAGUACAUCAGUUGAAGUUGCCACAAUUCACAGUAUCAUGACAAGAACAAGUGGAUAAAAAGAGAUUGAUAUGAAAGUAGACAAAAGUAAUAUGGGAGGAGAGAGAAUUUAAAAAUUAAGGUUAGUUAAAGCAUUCAAGCUUUCGAAGACAUCAAAGAAUGAGUACAUCUACCCGAUUGUGACCGAUUUCUAUCGACUUGAGAAUUGUAAGCAGAUAGAUAUUGAUUCUAAGCCAUAUCGCCUACAGUUUCCAACCAGCUAUUUCUGUUGUUAUGCAAACUUUAACCGGUAAGUUUACCUAUCUUUGCAAGACUCAGACCAGUUAUCAAAGACUUCAUGAACUGAUGCCAUAUUGUAGUCUUACCGCUUUUAUCCUUUUUCCUACGAAUGUCACGAUAUUCCUAGAGGUACUUUAGAUCUAUGGCUACCUUCCUAGUUUUGGGUAUGCGAAGCUUUAUAUCGCUUGCCACACCACUAACAAUACCAAGAUAUACUGAAGAAAAGAGCGGAGGGUGAAUCAGAGAACGAUCGUUUAUUACUGAUAAAUUAUUAUAGCUUUUGGUUGAAAUAUCGAUCUGUACAAUAUGUUGAAGUCCAUCAUCUCAUUAUUCCAUAUCGUCUUGCUAUUGAUGCGACCACGUCAU